CUCCUGCGCGGGCCAUCCGUGUCGCCAGCGCUGAUUGGUGGAGCCGACCGGCGCCGCGUGGAAGGCUGCCCGUGAUUGGAGGAGGCGGCGGGUGGCCGGCGGUUCAAGCGGCGGAGGGCGGUUGGCGGCCGUUAGGCGACCGUUGAGGCCGCGUGAGGGAGGCGGUGGCGGCUCCCGGCCGGUCCCCUCAGCGUCCCCUCAGCGUGGCCGCCAUGAGCGCCGCGGAUCGCUGUGCCGGCACCUCGCCGCGCUCCGCAAGGCUGGCAACGCCCCAUGUCUCAUCCAGACACGCUAGUUCUCAGCCUCAGAACCAGGAGGACUCUACUCCUCUCCCGUCCAUCAACGAGCGCCUGGCCUUCCUCCGCCCUUCCCGGGAGCUGCUGGAAUACUACCGCAAGAAGAUUGCUGACUUCGACGAGGAGCAUGAGGAUUUGGUAAAAAGGCUGGAGAGAUACAAAGAAACAUACGAUGAGCAGCACAAACUGCAGUGGGAAGUCCGUCAGCGAGAAGAGGAAAUUGCGGAGUUGCAAAAGGCUUUGAGUGACAUGCAAGUCUACCUCUUCCAGGAGAGGGAACAUGUCCUCCGCCUUUACUCAGAGAACGACCGGCUGAAAAUCAGGGAACUGGAGGAUAGGAAAAAAAUUCAACACCUCCUGGCUUUAGUGGGAACAGACAAAGGAGAAGUAACGUAUUUUCACAAGGAGCCACCACAUAAGGUUACUGUUCUGCAAAGGCCAGAUAAAUCCAGAGAUCCACAUGAAGGAUAUGAUGCUUCUAGAACAGGCACCAAGAGGAGCUCUUCAAAACGAGCAGCAAAAGGAGAGAAACCAGAAAGUCCUGAGAGGUAUCAGAGGGACAACCAAACACUCCUACUUCAGGUGGAGGCCCUGCAAGCUCAGCUAGAAGAACAGACGCGAUUAUCCAAGGAACAGCUUGAGGCAUUACUAGAGGACAGGCGGAUUCACAUGGAGGAAGCCCAGGUCCAGCAUCAGAGGGACCAGGACAAGAUUAAAACUUUAACAGAUAAACUCCAUAAGACUCAGAAUCUCUUAUAUGAGAGUACCCGUGACUUUCUCCAGCUCAAGUCUGAUGCCCGAGCCAAUGAGAAAGCAUGGAUGGCAGAGAAAGACAGUCUGUUGAGGAAACUUGACAAAGAUCCAGAUCAACUUAUCAGCAGGGAGUCAGAAAAAGAGAAGAAGCAGAGAGAUACCAAGAAGAUGCCUCAAACAGGUCAUGAAGCUUGGAAACUCCACAGUAGAGAAAUAAAGUCAAUGCAAGAGCAACUGAUGCAGGAGCAGCGGCUCUCAAACAUGUACAGAGAGCAGUGUAUCACCCUGGAAAGUGAGCUGGCUAGGAUUCGUGAGGAGGGAGAUGUUGGCAGAGAACUCUUUAAGGAACGCUCAGAAAAGAUGGGGAAGCGCCUGAAGCUGAUGACUCAGCGAUAUGAGGCUUUGGAAAAACGUCGUAACUUGGAAGUGGAAGGCUUUAAUAAUGACAUCAAACAGCUUCGACAGAAGCUGAAAGACGUAGAGAAGCAGCUGUUUAAGGUGACUCUGAUUCUUGGGCCAGACCAGGAUCUUGAAGUUCUACGUGAGGUCCGUCAAGGAAACAGGCUAACCCGUAAAAUUCAAGGAGAACUAAAAAACUUAAAAGCAAAAAUCUAUGGCUUAGAGAAUGAACUGCGGGUCUGCUGAAGCUGAGGUUUUAGCUGGCAUCAUAGUUUGAGGAAGGGGACAUUGCCUCUUUAAUGGCAUCCAGUGACAGAAGGCUUGAGAAAAUCUGCAGUUAGUGUCAUAACAUCCAUCAGUGGUCUACGAGCCAUUUCUAACAAGCCAAAUUAGGUUGCUUGUUCAGUUGAGAUGGCACCUGAUAAGACUGGUACAGAAAGUACCAGAUGACUUAUAUUAGGAAUAUGUUUAUGACUUCCUGCCUUCGUAUCUGUGGUGUAGGGGGCAAUGUAAACUGGUCUUAAACUUUAUUUGGAGCAGAUGACAAACCAGAUGUAUUAUUAAUGAUCAUUGAAGGAUCUAGUUCAAAAUCCAGUUUGCUUGGUUCACCUUACCCUGUGUGAGAAGGAACUUUUAAAUGGUUACUGUUACGGUGCCUAGGCAAUUCAGCAUGGGACUGCAAAUUUUCCUUGAAAAAGACCUUGUGUAGAAAGUACAUACUGAAGUGCUUACAUUUGACUCUACCCUUGACAUCACAACUAUUUUAAAAUGUCUUCCCUUUGUUCAUUUCUAACCCAGCCAGGACAAACCUGACUGAUUUUAAUAUGUUGGGAAAAGGUAACUGUUUUUAGAACUCAUCUGCAAGAACAAGCAACCUCCACUCUUGCUUUGAAAGUGUGGAGGGGAGGGAAAUACUGCACUAUCUAAUUUCAUCUUCCUGUCCCCUUUCUCCCGGUUUAUCUUAACACACAGAGGAAGCUCAUAAUAAAAGGCAUCUCCUAUUAUCUACCUUUGUAGCUUUAAACUAUACCAUGGCCAUGCACCAACAGGUCAUGGUCAGCUUGUGGUACAGCUGUCACUGAACUGUAACUGAAACUGGGAUGGAAAAGCCAGUGCCUAGUUGCUACAUGAUAAAUAUAACUCUAGCUAUGUAGCGAUUAUCUUCAUAUCAUCAGGACAAUGCUGUUCUUGAAAACAGAUGAAAUUGUGAAAAGGGCUGCAGUGAGGCUUCAGUCCACUUUUAUAAAUGUGGGGUAUUUGUAUUUUUACUGUAGCGUCAGCAAAUCUUGUCCACCUUGGAGAGCAUAUCUGUGUUGGAAAAGUGAUUUCAGUGCCUUCAUUUCCUAAUGUACAUUCCCUAACUUGUUAAAUGUGAUGGAAGCAGAAUAAUUUUCUGAAGUUUAUACUUACAGGGUACCAGCAGUUCCUUCCCAUUUGAGAAUUACUUGGUGUGCAAUAACAGGCAGUUUCUUUUGGACGUGGUAGUGGCUAUGGAGAUCCUGACGCAGCAUUUGGGAGAGGUGUAUAUACUGCUUUUCCUGUGCUGUGAAGAUUUGGGGAAAAAUGUUUUUAUAGUACCAGCUAAAACAAUGCAGUGGGGAAAUUCCUUUGAAAAGUCAGGGCUUGUUUCAAUUGUGUAACCUCUCUGUGAAAAGCUUGCUGUCUCUUAUGGUCCUGUUCUUUGCCUUUCAUUGGGCACAUCUAUUCUUGAAGUCAGAUUCAUCACAGACAGACUUCGAUGUGGGUGGCUGACAAUCUGUACCUCGAUGUUCAACUGCUACUACAAGAGGCUGUUUGAAAGUGUUGUCGCUGACAGGUUUAGCUGAAAAUGCUAAAUGGUGCAGAGAUGGAUUGAUGAACAGCUUAGGUGCUGACACUAUGUGGACAGCUGAGGAAAAUUAUUAAACUGUGCAAUCCAUCCUUUAGUCUCAUUCCUUAAAUUCAGCUGAUGGGUAGCUAGGAAAAAAGCCUCUUGAAUUGGUAGAAAUAAAUGGUUUUCUGCUUAUUUUCAACUUUUCCAAGCUAGAAGUUGCUGUUGAAAUUUGAUUUUCCUCACCUGAAAGCCACAAAGUGUGUCUGGACAAAGGCUGUAGGCUUGGACAUUCACAUUUGUAAGACUGGGAGGAAGUACUGGGGGAAGAAGGAUGUAAAUGUUUAAUUUCCUGUCUUCUUUACUGAUGUUUCUUAUAACUUGCAAGACUGAACAGAAUAAAAUGGUGACAUUCCCAAUA